AUGGACAGGGUGGUGUUUUGGGCCAGCUGCCUGACGUUCUUACCUGCGUUCAGGUGUACCUUCCCUCCACCCUGUGACAGUGCAAUAUACUGCACAGGUGAACUCCUGAGACAGGUGCAGACAGCCAGACUGUUUGAUGAUGACAAGCACUUUGUGGAUAUGAAGUUGAAGGCCCCUCCUGAUGAGGUUCUGGCAGCAUUCCAGAAUUUAACAUCCAGUUCUCCAGGUGGUAACAUUAAGCCAUCAGAACUCCGGCAGUUCCUCAACACCUUCUUUGAAGAACCAGGGAAGGAAUUUGAACAAUGGACUCCACCUGACUGGCAUGACAAGCCACUGUUCCUGUCAAAGGUGUCAGAUGCAGAACUGCGCAGCUGGGCGGAGAAGCUGCACCAUCUGUGGAAGUCUCUAGGUAGAAAGAUCCGUGCUGACGUGCGAGACCAUCCUGAGUUGUACUCCCAGAUCUACACUCCCCAUCCUGUCAUUGUCCCUGGGGGGCGCUUCAGGGAGCUCUACUACUGGGACUCUUACUGGGUGAUCAACGGCCUCCUCCUGUCUGAGAUGAGAGAGACAGCCCGAGGGAUGAUCCAGAAUUUCCUCUACCUCGUUGAAAGGUAUGGCUUCAUCCCGAAUGGGGGCCGCGUGUACUACGAGCGCCGUAGCCAACCCCCCUUUCUCACCCUCAUGGUGGAGAGUUACUACAUGGCCACCCAGGACAAGGACUUCCUCAGGACUGCCUUGCCCGUGCUGGAGAAGGAGUAUCGCUUUUGGAUGCAGAACCGCUCGGUGGCCCGGGAGAUGAACGGGACUGUGCACGUUUUAAACCACUACAGUGUGCAAGUGGGACAGCCCAGACCUGAGUCCUACACAGAUGAUCUAGAGCUGGCUGAAGGCUUAAUGGAAGGGGCUCAAGAGAGUCUGUGGGCGGAGCUGAAGGCAGGGGCGGAGUCUGGCUGGGAUUUCUCAUUUCGCUGGUUUGUGGACAGUCAGGGUGGCAACAGUGGCUCACUGAAGGACACUCGCACCAGCCAAAUCCUCCCUGCCGAUCUCAAUGCCCUGCUCUGUCGAAAUGAGAAGACGCUGGCAUUGUUCUACAACAUCCUGGGCGACACUGCAGGGGCGGAUCGAUAUAACCAGGCAGUGAGGGCACGGCUGCAGGCCGUGGAAGCUGUGCUGUGGGACCCUCAGAAGGGUGUUUGGUUCGACUACAGCCUGGUGACCAACAGCAGCCAUGAUGCAUUUUACCCGUCCAAUCUGGCACCCCUCUGGGCACACUGUUACUCUCAGCCUGUAAUGGGAGAGCGGGCGCUACAGUAUCUGCAGGAGAGCGGAGCUCUGAAGUACCCUAACGGUGUCCCAACCUCCCUGACGAACAGUGGGCAGCAGUGGGACCUCCCCAACGCCUGGCCUCCCCUGCAGCACAUGCUUAUUGAAGGUUUGUGGAGUGUCUCAACAGAGGAGGCUGAGGAGAUGGCCUUUGAUCUGGCUCAGAGAUGGAUCAGAACAAACUGGUUAGCCUACCUCAAAUAUGAGGCCAUGUUUGAGAAGUAUGAUGUUAAUGGUGAUGGCAAACCAGGAGGAGGUGGGGAGUAUGAGGUGCAGCUAGGGUUUGGAUGGACCAAUGGGGUGGCCUUGCAGCUCCUGGACAAAUUUGGUGAUAGGCUGGUAUCAAGCAGUACCAGCUUGACCUGUAGUCUUGGUGUCGGACUCAUUUGCAUUGCCCUUUGGUGCUGCAGGAGGGAGAGGCGCUCUGAUAUUUCCGCAGAGGCAUCACUGCGGGAAGGUUUGACUUUUGCGUGCCUGGCAGUGACGGAGCCGGUCCUGGUGGAGCCCGUGCGGCCCGGUGUCCUGCCCUUGGUGAGGCGCGGGCAGGCCCUGUAA